UACAGACAGCAGAAGCAGCAUCGAUACCAGCACCGUAUCCUUCGCAAAACGCAAAAGUGCCGGAAGAGGCAAAGUGCUUCGUCUCGUGACAUUAUUUUGACCGUUGGGUUAAAACUGCGGAAUUGUGUGUUUUUAGUGUUCGUGUUCGACUGAUCAAGCAUUGGUGGAAAAUGUUGAAAACACUACCAAUUACAUACGGCGGCCGAAAGUCUAGCAGCGGCAGUGUGAACGGUUGUGAAAAUGCGAAGAAAACUGCCGGCUCUCUAGCGGUCGUGUGCUCGCAGUUUAUGUCACCUUCGCCGUAGUGAUUGUGUAACCCAAAAUGUGACUUUCGGUGUGCCACACAUUAGUUGGAAGAACAUUCAAGACGUGCGAGAACACGACGAUGUAGGAGGGGGAUACUAAUUUCCAUCCUCCCGGACUCGUGCAUCAAUGGGAAAUGGGAGAACGCGCGGCAAACGGAAUGAAGCAAUCGAUUUUCCAACUUUGUGAAAUACCUGAGACAUCGGAAUGUUUUCCUCAUUUUCCUUAUUUUCAUCCCGCUCACUUCCGCAAAAUGCUCCCCCUUUCUGUGGGGAGGUUACUGGGAGGACUUGUUUAUACGGCAUUUCGCUCAUCUGUGCGGCCUAUUGCCGAGAGCCCAGACCGGGCGGGAGGGCUGAUUGAAAUCACCGAUACUGAUCAGAAAACAAGCUUCCUGCUGCCCCAUCUCCACUAUCCCCAGCACCAUCACCAGCAUUAAAGAUGGUGGUACAAAGGUCUGGGCAAAAUGGUCUUCCACUCCCCGCCUGCUGCGAUGGGCGCUUUUGUUGUGCCGGGGAGAGGAAGAUUUGCUUGCUGCGAUGUUGCAAUAACAUUUGACCGACUGAAAACUCAUAAUCCGCGCCGGAAGAGAAGCGAUUGCCGAAGAUGUGUGUGAAAUGUUUAAAAAACGGACCUGCUGCAAUUCCUGCUGCAACUGCAUUUAAAGCGCGUUUAGCACGCGGUAUUACAUUGUUGUACAGUUGAUAAGUGAUUAGUGGUGGAGGUGGUCGGAGGGUUGUUUGUUUUCCGUCCGUUUUGCAAUGUCGUGUAAUGGUGCGAGCAAAUCGAACGUUUGCUGCGGUAGGAUGUAAAUUAGCAGAGCAAGCGAAGAGAGGUACAAAACGUAGCCCCACGGCGGCAGCGAGCCAGUGUUUUUCCAUUCCCUUUUGGUGUGGCGCUGGGGUUAGAUUGUUCUGGCACUUUUCCCCCCCGACUGGCGCUACUUCCAGUAGAAAAGCCCCCUUACUUUGAUAGAACGUUUGGUGGCGUGUGCGAGCGACCAUUGCCCACACCAUUGUGUUGGUGGUGGUGGUGGUAUGAGAGAAAACUGUGCGGAGAGAGUGCGGAAGGAGAGCGAGGGGAGGGUUGGGGGGAGAAUGCAUUUUCCCGACCCGUUAUUACAUAACAGCUGAUCUCGUGCAUAACACAUUCUCGCCCCUUUCUCUCUCUCUUUCUCUCUUUCUAUCUCACCUGCUUGCCUGCUCUUUCUCACACACAGUCACAAUCACACAAACACACACAUAUGCAUAUAUGCUCAUUUGGCUAGCAGUUUGCUCUCUAUCGCUCUUUCCGUGUCGUUCUUGAGCGAGCACAUUGACUUUCCCGGCCUUUGAGAUGAUGGGAGGGCGGUUGGGAGAGGAAUUUUCCCAUUCAUCGUAGUAGUAGUAGUAUUAGUAGUAGUAGUGGUAGCUUUCCAUACGGUGGCCAAUGUUUUUCUUCGAUUUACUCACACAAACAAGCACACCCAUCAACACGGUUACCGGAGCCGGAGAAAAUGCGUGUUUUGUCAUUCGUCAGUUUGUCGUUACCGUUACAUACUUGGAUUAUUUUCAAUCCGGCACUCGCGGCGGAGAAGAAAACGCGCAAAAGAACUUUCUUGAAGAAUCAUAACUAGUUUCGAGUGUACAUGUGAGCGUGUGAGUGUGUGCGUUUGUAAGUUAACCAGAGAGAAAGAGUAGUAGUGUUCUAGAAGCUAGCCUGACCAUCCCUAUCGAACUCCACCCAUCAACGCUACCAAUAACUCCACCGAAACACCAACUCUGGUGACCCAAAACAUCUCCAAAACCGUGCAAUAGUGUACAUGCCCCCCGAUCCCCCUUUUCCCGUACGAGCAAUUCCAGACCGAAACCCUCCGAUCGAGCUUUGAAUGAUUCUAUCCGAUCACGACCCGCAAGCCGACAGCACACAUCGUUCAAGAUAGCACCGGAAACUGUCCGGAACAGUGCGAGAAGACCCGUGUUACCCAGCGAAAGGGGAAAAGCAACGAGAGCGAGAGCCCUAAGAAGCCCGGCACCACCGGUUCGAAGGACACCUCGGCAGGCAAUGGCGAAGGGUGCAAAAAGGAAGACCAAAUGGGUGUCCUUGUCGCUGGCCAACGCAAACACCAAAACCUCGAAUGCGACCGGCUCGGAUAGCGAACAGACGCAGGUCCACCACCACCAGCAACAGCACCAUGGAGAAGGACACAGGCACAAAAUGCACAAUGGCGCUACUAGUCUAGCUGCAAAGGUCGGAAAAGAGUUUGCACCUAGAACUGAUGUAAUAAUAGAAGAGCAGCAGCAGCAGCAUCAGCAGAAGGAAAUGCAAGGAAAUGAGCGUGUGCAGGAGCAAAGUGGGAAUCGAACCGACACCAGCACCGGCAGCGACUGUGUGGCAGGCUCGGAACGACGUCCCAUCGGUUCCUACCAUAGACGUCGACCUCCUCCGUACAACAACUCGCGAACCAGCUGGAGCGGAGGAGCGGCGUCCACCGGAUCGAACAAUGGCCGCAGCGGCCAUUACCACCGUAACGGUUACUAUGGUAAUGGGGGUGGAUAUUAUGGCGCGGGCAAACGAUCGCACUACGAGCACUACCCACGACGGCAGCAACCAUCGGCCAGCACGAACAGAACGACCUCCGGCGAGGGAGGAGAAACAGGAGGAACUACGAUUAACGACGAUGAGUACACCCGAAUAACAACCCCACGACAGGACGUGCUCUUCAAGAAGGGCUACCUGUCCCGUCCGAAGCCUUCGGUCGCGACGGCCAGUACGUCGAACACGGGCUCCAGCUCGAUCGCGGCCACCACCAGCGAGGGCAGCGAUGGGGGCAACGGAGGCAGCAACAGCAUUUCCACGACGGAAUCCAUCACGUCCGAGUACGGUGGGUCGUAUGCGGCCGACGGCAGCCAGCUGAUUGACUAUUCCUACCCCUGCAUUCCGUGCGGCUACUUCACGGAAACGGGCGUACUUGUGAUGAAUGGUUUUGCUGUAGACAACAAUGGCUUUUCGUACUUUAACGGUGGCCAGACGUACAUCUACCCACCGAACUACAACAACUGCCAACCGUCACCGCCGACAGACACGACGUCCGCCGGGGACCAAACGACGGAUUCGAUGCUUUACGCAAAUGACAAUGCAACGGACGAAACGAACGCGAACGAAUCGACUGAUCUGCUGGAUGGAUCGUCUCCGAACCAUGCGCCACCGGUCGGUGAUGUUGAGGCUGUGGCGCAGUACGACAGCAACACAGCUGCCGUUGUCGCUUACGGUGAGUGCGGUGACACCGCCGGUGAUGGUCAGUUCUACGCGAACGGUGCCCUUCCCACGCUGGAGCAGGUGCCGGAAGAGAUCAUUCCGAACGGCGAACCACAGCUGGCCGGGGAGCUGAUGGCCGCUGAUGCUGCUGCUGCUGCUACUGCUGCUGGCGCAGUGUGUGACGUGCAGGAGCCGCAGGACUACUCGGAGAAUGGGUUCUUCCCGUACACGAAUGGGUACGAUUUCGCUCAGUUCUACAAUUCGCUUUGCUAUCCCAACUGGUUCAUGGAACAGUGCCGCAUGUACGAUGAUGCUGGUUUACCAUUAUACUGCGGUGGCGAGUACGCUAUGACAAAUGAGGAGGUCUACGGACAUCAGCCGAGCUUUAAGAAGCGCAAAAAGCGGUUCCGUACCUUUGAGGAGAUGCCGGCAGUAAACGGUAACUCUUAUGACGUUGGAAACGCCACAUCUGCAAUGAUGCUUGAACCCAACGCUACCGGUAGCGAGACUACCGAAUGUGUGCCAGAAAGCCAAGUUCCUUCUAAAGAUGCGCCUCUUCAGUCGUAUCAACUAAAUGCCGACGUGCAGGAGUUCCAACCUGCUGCACUGCCGGUGGCCAACUCACUUCCAAACGCCGCCAAGAUUGGAGACGUCUGUACCACGUCGAACGACAAAGUGGUUCAUCACAGCACCAAGCCAGGCAACGCUCAACCAGUGGCGAGAAGUCGUCAUCCAGUAGCACCAAAAGCUUCAAAAUCUACGUCCAAAGUAGUAGCGGCUGUGCCUGCUGCUGCCCAAGCUGCCGUUACUUCAGAGUCAGCUACAGCACCAAACUCAUCUCCAGUGCCAGUUGGUGGAAAGCCAACGUCCAGCAAAGCUAACCGCAAGAAGGAUUUGAUCGAGUCGACGCUUGCCUUCGCCGCCCAGAACAUUGAUCUCACGCGCCCGAAAGCGGCUGCAUCGGUGUCCCACGAGAGCGACCUGUGCUGGAGCACCAUCGAUCGGAAUGGCCGGAAGAAGCGUGUUGCAUCGGAGCUGCCGGAGCAGGAUGCGGUCACUGCGCCUGGAGCGGAGAAGGAAUCUGCUGCGGAAGAGCGCGCGAACACGAAACACACGAACGGCGACACAGUGCAGCCAGUUGCACCGACACAAGCUGCGCCUACUACGGUAGAAUGUUCCACGGUGCCGGACGCGAACGGUAACCGGGAGCAGCCAACUAAGAGUAAGAAAAAGACACACAAGCACAAAAGACAGCAGCUCCGGAAGUCGGUGGGCAACUUCAGCAAGCAACCGCUGGAAGGAUUUCAGCUAAUCGAGCCGGAAUUUUCGUCCUCGGCGGCGGGACACCGCCGUGGACGAAGUGGUGAUAAGGCAGGACGUGCUGAGACGAUCACGCCGAAAGCUAGCAAUGAAGAGGCAACACAGAAUGUUGAAGUCAGCAAUGAGAAGCAGCCGUCCUCUGUGUCGGACGGCCUGGAGCAAGAAACGGCAUCAUGUGAGGGAGCUAGUCGCGUUAUUGAAGAGGUUGCAGAGGUUGCAACUACAGACGUGUAUUGUGAUAAGGAAAGCGAUGGUGUGCCAGCCGAAGUAUCGCCCACGGAAGAGAAUGUUGCGUUGGAGGUAGAGGAAUUAAUCGCUCAAAAAGUCAUCCCCUCGCUAGCUGUUGCUGUUGCGGUGGAGGAGAAAACUAAUCUAAACGAGACUGAGACUGAAAUGCACCACCAACAAACGAUGUCUGUGGACGUCGAGCAACUGGAAGACAAGGAACAGGAGCCAGAAGUUGAAGUUAUCGCCGAAGGAGUGAUUGAGGAGAGCAAAAAUGACUCCAAAUCGGUUGCUCAGGAACCUGAAGCGGUGGAAGAGGUGUUCAACCAUGUUGCCGAAGGAGAUGUUGAGAUUUUACAGGAGCCAACCGAGCUUGACAGCACACUUUGCGUAGAGGAACUCAUAGUUCCCCAUGAUCUCGAUGAGUCCAGCGCAGUUUUGUCCCUCCCGGUCGAACAGCACCAAACAAUGGACGUCCAGCUGACGAUCGACACGCACGUGCUUACCAGUGCUGCCAAACAGCUGACGAUCAGUUCCGUCAGCAGCCCCAAAUUGCCCACACUCGAAGAGGACGAAACGGAGGAGCAAGCCGACGGGGCGGAUGAUGGCAUUGGAUCGGAGGGUGACGACGCGCGUCCCAAGCGUGGCAGCGUCUCCGGCGCUGGAUACACCGAAAGCAUCGACUCGGGUCUACAGAGCCCGGCGCCGUGCGGUGGAGUUGCCUCGCCCGAAACCUCGUCCAUGGUGAGCUCAAUCGAAAGCCAACCGGCCAGCGGUGAAUCAAGCCAGUCCGCUCUGACCCAGGUGGUAGGUUCGUGGCUGUUGCGAAAGCUGGAAGUGCACGAAACCGAGGAGUUGUUUGUACUGCCGAGCAAUCCGCUGCUGAUUCAGCGUCUCGAGCGGUUCCACCAGCUGCAGCGCCGCGAACGCCGCGAGCGACUUCGGGGAGUGAUCACGUCCGAGUCGGAGGGGGAUGAAGAGGAAGAGUACGAUCUCGAGGGAGAGGACACGGACAGUGACUACAUGAGCGAUGGACAAGGAAGGCUAGAUCGCACACAGUCUGACGACGCCAACAGCUCCCAGCCGGGAUCGCCGCUUAACUCCACCCAGCAGGAAGGUGCUGACGCUGCGCCGAAAACUCUGCCCGAUGAUGCGGGGACACUGUUGGUCGGGCUGGAUGAAGGCAAGCGACAGGCGCCAGCCGUUCAUGCCAACGGGGAACACAAAUCCGCAGCAAUGGUGCAUCGGGCGGCCGACUCAAAGCGCUGCUCGAUCAUGUAGGGAUCGGCUUAACAUGACGCAGCCAGCCGCCGACACGCUCAUCAUCCUCACAUUAUACAUACACGUUACGCGCGAUGAUAACCUGAGCAGCCUGUCAUCCCCCACGAAACUCACACGUGACACACCGCUCAUUGCCUUUUUCCUUCAUGCUGAGAUAUUUCGUAAGAAGUUUUGAUCUAAGAUUUUCAUAAUCAUGCAAUUAGGUUGUUAAACACGGUACUAAUAGUAGGAGAAAGAAAAGGAAAGUAGAAGACACACAGCAGAACAUGAUCCUCAAGGGGGAAACAUGCACCCGACAGUACACCGUCACCCACUGUCGACCGAGUGUUUGUGUGUGUGUGAGAGUGAGCUUUCCGAUAUAACGAUAUCAAAUUGCGAAUCGCGAUACGGCGAUACGGUUAAUGUUAUUCGUAAAUUAGUAUACUAUGGCACUCGUACUAUAAUCGUACUCACCCCGCCCCUACAGCGUUCGUUCAUCGUAGAGCUGCUAACUGUUAAUAAACAGAGCUUCACGAAAAGAAGAAGAAGAAGGUUUAAAAAAAGAGAACUAAAAUGCACUUCCGUUACGGGGAGGUGGGGGGUUAAAAAAGAAAGGAUCGUCGGAUGAGCGCUCUUCUUCUGGCGCUAACUCAUGCUGUUGUUGUUUUAUUCGCCGCAACAUACAAAAUAAUCAGUUUUUAGAUUCUUUCUGCAUUCAUUAGACAGUUUUUCUUUGUUUUUUGUUUUGUUUUCUAGAAGAAGGAACACACCCAAUGCUCCCGCUCUCGCCUAAAAACACUCGAUUAAAGCGCAUUGUUUAAUGCACAUUGUUGAACGUAAUUCUUGCUAGAGGAUAUAUAACUAUUAAUAAUAACGAAUAAAUGAGUUGCAUGCCUGCAAAAGCAAGCAAUUUAAACGCUGCAGAUGUAACUGCAGUAGGAAAUAAAUUAAUAUAAAAAAAACAGCAGAAAAAAAACAAACACAAAAUGCCACAAUAAAACUGAAUAAACAUUGAAAAAAGAAACA